AGUGGGCUUCCAUGGGAGUGCAUUGUGAUGGCUCUGCUCUUACUUGUUGGACCAUGUCUAGAAGGAAGUCUUUUAAGAAAGAAAAAGCAGAAUAGUGACCUACAUAAUGACCUUGUUUGCACAUAUGAAAUGUUCUUGACUAUUUCCUCCCUUCUUUUCUUCCCAGGGUGCACCGUAUCUCAAAUGGUAAUAAGAGGAGUGGUGGGGCAGGCGGUCACUCUGCCUUGCACCUACGAUGUGAAAAACAGCAGGGAGCUUCAUCCCGUGUGCUGGGGCCGAGGGAGUUGUCCAAAUUCGAAAUGCAGUAAUGAAAUCCUCCAUACGAACGGAAGGCAGGUGACCUCACAAAGCUCAUUCAGAUACAAUCUAAGGGGAACCGUGGUGAGGGGGGACGUGUCCCUGACCAUAAGAAAUCUGAAUGAGCGAGACAGAGGACUCUACUGCUGCCGCAUUGAAAUCCCGGGCUGGUUCAAUGACUUAAAAAAGACCUUGAAUCUUCAGGUUGACAGAGCAACAACCACUGUCCCUACCACAACUAGAACCACCAAAUCUCAUAUGACUACCACAACUACCAUGGCACCCUUAACAUCCAUGGCACCCUUAACAUCCAUGGCACCCAUGGAUACUCUGACAUCUCCUGUUCCAAGAAGAACAGGCCCUGCUCCACCACCAACCUCUACUGGCACCAGUGUUCCAACAAUGGCCCCAUCUUCUGUAGCAACAUCCGCCACCCUACUUACAGCAGCUUCUUCAUUGGCCAACAUGAGUCCAUCACCAACUACGCUUCAGGAUGAGACAACCAAAUAUAGCCGGAGUUUUUUUACCACUGAAACUUAUACCCCUAUUACAGCUGAACCUUUCCCUGCUACAGUGCCGGGCACUGAGGAGACGGCGGACGUUGACAACUGCACCAUCUCAACGACAGCCUCAUCCAGACAUGUAACUUCUGCACUCCAUGGGAUGACCACACGUGAUGAGAAAGAAGCAACUACAGCAGAGUUACACCAGCCCAAGGAAUCCUACCCAACAAAUGGCAAAAUCACACGAGUUUUAGAUGUUUUAAAAAAGUAUUAUCUGGUGCUUAUUCCUUGUGGUAUUGUGCUGACUGUUUCAUUCUUGGUGCUAGGAGGAUUGCUAAUGAAACGUAAAAAGCUGAGAAAACAUCAACUACGCAAAUUGAAAAACUUAAACAAACAGGAAGAAUCUGAACCUAUGGAAGCCACAGAAGCUACUGAAUCUACUGAAACAGAAAGAAAUAAUGGAAUUUUUCCUCUAUAGUAGCCACAUUUUUGCAUUCCUGCCCAGCUACAAGAUCCAUGAAAGGAAGAAUUCCUAUGAAACAUUCCUUAAUAUCUGAAAAUGAUCUCGCUGCUUCCACUUGUCCACUAAUCGACUUGCCCCAAUGCCAUUUUUAUUGGCUUUUCUUCCCUUGGCUUUCACCUCUGUUUUUAUUUGUUCAGGGCAAAGAAUCAGCAACAGCCCUGAGCACAUGGUUGUCAGCCCAAAAUGGUAGCUGUAAUAGCAAGGACACAAUUCGAAACCCAGCUCGACAGAAAUUUUGGUCUAUUCACCAACCAUUUUCUUCCUCCAAUUCUAGCACUUUGGCUUAGACCAUGUGGGUCCUGGUCUAGACAAUAAGUUUUAGCAAUUAACAUCUUGGGUUGAUACAUUGCUCCAGUUUUAAAAUAUUUCAGUACAUAAAUAUAAUAAUUUUAGAACAGUUUAAUGAUGAGGACAUGGGCUUUGUGGAAACCAUAUCCCAGAAAGAU